AAAAAAAAACUCUGGACUUACCAGAUAUUUAUUGGAUAUUUAUUAAUAUUUUUGAAAAACGUAAUAUCUGAACUACCCACAUUUCAUUUGACACAGCGCCAUUUGUGAAUGGGCCCACGGCUCGUUCCAUUUCAAACGUCAAGUGCGCGUCUGAAAAAAAAACCGGCAGCAGCGGGAGGAACCAGCUCGCUACCGGAAUCCCGGAAAAAACGAACUAGGUGUUUGAGCUGGCAAGCAGAUGCGGCAAAUUAUUGGGCUUCGAUAACACCAUCCGAGUCUACAAAUUUUUACCGCGGUUUUGGGCCAUCGGCGAAAAUGUCACGACAGGGCAGGACAGGAUUUUCUGUCCGGAUUGCCUUCUUAUUAAAUCUUUCGAUGUUUCCGCUCCAGAUUCCUUCAGGCGGCCCGCGGCAUCUUCUAACCUGUCCACCUUCAUCGGAGCAACAAAAAGCAGGAUGGCCACCAGACUGAACCGCUGUAGGUCCAGCCAUUUAUGAAUUUUCUCUGCAGGAAGCGAAAAAAAGUGUGUUGAUUUGUGCAGUGAUGAGUUUUUGACAAUAAAAAUAAAAAAAAAUUCAAUUUCUA